GGAAAAGCUUGUUGAGUCAACAACCCCCCGAGACUCGUUCCCCCCUCCCUUUUUAAAGCAAGGAAAUGAGCGCGAAGGACUCGGGUGGUCGGCAAGCCCUACUUUGAGGCUGCGAAGCUUGUUUUCCUCUUCAUCCCUCCCCUGCCCGCUCCCCCCUUUGGUAUAUAUAAGUCGUCGUAGGGCGCCCGGCCACGGUUCUCUCAUCGUGGUCCGGGUCUCUCCCUUUCGAUACUCACAUACGUUCUUCCUCACCCCCCCGUUCGUUUCUAAUUCAUUCGUUUCAAUCUAGUCGACACCCAGAUUGCUGUGCAAGCUGCGUUUGUUUGACACAGUUACUUUUUUAUUUAUUGAUUCAAGAAAGAGUUCGUUGUAAUAUAUACACAGCCGCCAAGCAGUGAACCCAACCCUACAGUCGACCGCCAAGAUGAUCUAUCCGCUCGCCCUCACGACGAUCCUCGCCGCCACGGCCACCUUGACUCAUGGCUUGACCGUGCCCGGCUCCUCGUCCACCGGUGGCGGUUUUGGCUUGGGGGUCUUGCCGAGGCAGCAGAAGCAGGCCAAGUCGAGCUGCCUGAACUCAAACCUCAUCCAGAGCGCCAGCGCCCUCACCGGCCAGGAGCCCGGGACGGACGGGAUCAAGGCGGGACAGGCCAAGUCAGAGACCGACCCCAACAACUUCAUCAACUUCUGCGAGGGCCAAACCAUCACCAAUGGGCAGCAGAUCACGGCCGGGUCCUGCAGCGGUGUGCCCCAGGGCAAGAUCCCCGCGCAGAAGAACAUGAUCUCGGCCAUGAUCACGAACCCGCAGCCCGGCACGACGGUCGAGGCCGGCAAGACGUUCAACGUGUCGGUGCAGACUACGCACCUCAAGGCCGGCGUCUUCGUCAACCCGACGACCAACUACUACACGGCGCCGCAGGACCUCGACAGCUCCGGCGACAUCAUCGGCCACUGCCACGUGACGAUCCAGGACAUCGGCUCCCUCAAGUCGACGACGCCGCCGGACCCGACCAAGUUCGCCUUCUUCAAGGGCAUCGACGACGACGGCAACGGCAAGGGACUGCUGCAGGCCGUGGUCGACGGGGGCUUGCCGGCGGGCACGUACCGCGUGUGCACCAUGAUCGCGGCGGCGAACCACCAGCCCGUCAUCAUGCCCGUCGCGCAGCGCGGCGCGCAGGACGACUGCACAAAGUUUGAGGUCACCGGCGGCGGCGGCGGCGCGACGAAGGAUGCCGGUGCGGCGAAGGAUGCCGGUGCGGCGAAGGGGGCCGGUGCGGCGAAGGAUGCCGGUGCGGCGAAGGAUGCCGGUGCGGCGAAGGGGGCCGGCGACGCGACGGCCACGAAGCCUAAGAAGAGCUGCGACGCCACCAAGAAGAAGGAGAAGGAGAAGAAGAAGGGCGGAAACUGAGAGGACCUUGAUGAUGGAGGGGUGAAAGACACGCAGCGGUUGGUUGGUUGCUGAACUUGGAGAUCGGGUCGGGGUCAGGUCAAGAGGGUUUGGUAUACAUAGCUUGCCUUUGUAUCAUGCUCGUGCUGAACCCGGUGCUGGCAGCCGGGUCGCUCGCAGUCAUAGUCCACGUGGCCGCACCACUCUGCCUUUAAUGGCACGACGUUCAUCUCAAGGCAGUGGCUCCGUCCCCGAUCCCGAGUGAAACGUAAGACAUUGCGUCAACGUGAUGUCUCGGUCGUUAGGUAGGUAGGUAGUUGAGAGAUCGUCUUUUGUGGGAAUCGGCCGCUUUUAAGGUUUCCCGUGCUUGGAGGGGGGUGUCGAACUUGCGGGUGAUCGUCACGCCAAGUAGUGGGUGACAAGCAGAAUAAAUUUUCUUUAACAAGACGCUCCAGUGAGACAAGAACAACCAACGGUCUGGC